UUGGCGGGCGGAACUCAACGCGAUCGCAGCUGAUCGCCGAUCAUAGAAAAGAGCGAGACGGCAGACGUGAUUCGGAGCGGGACAGCCAGCUGGGGAGCUAUUAAGUGCGAGCGAGAUAGAUAGAUACAGAUAGAGAGAUAUCGCAAUAUAAAUUGUCUGCGGAAAAACUCGCUUUGUUUUCCCUGCUCUGUUUUGGUUUGGCAGGCCAUAAAACUAAGUUUUUGUGUGCCAUUUUCCUGGGCCUUUAUUUUUUGUUCUGUUUUUCUGUGACGGCCCUAAAAAAGUGGCAUAGUGUGUCCCACACUCGAGUGUCACCCGGGCCCGCGGGGUGAGCGGGAAAAGUUGGGAAAAUUGGGAAAUUGGGAAAGCGAACAGGAACGCCACUGGGAGCGGAUCAACUAUAAAUAGCAGAACAUAAAAGAGAGAGAGAAUACUGAAAAAAAGAAGCCAAAAAUAAUUGAAGCGUGGGCAGCAUUCAAAGGACAGUGAGGCCAGGCUACAGUGAAACUGGGACAAAGAGAAUGAAACUGAAAGUCAAAACAAAGAGAACACAAAAUAAAGGUCAUAAAUAAGUUGAAAUCUUAAGUUCUUAAUCGGAGAGAAAAGCUGUGAGAAAAAUAAGAAAAAGAAAUCAAAACACUUUUAUCGAGUGCCGCCUGUACAGACAUAGUUGAGAUAAACAAUAAAUUGGCCAAAGGCCAAAGCAGCAACCAGAAAAAAAAGAGAUAUAGAAGAAGCAGCAGAUCAGCCGUGAAUGAAGAAGAAGCAGCAGCAGAUAAAGGCAGAUCAAACAAGAGAAAAACGGACAACCAACAGGUGGAAGGAAACGGAGACCCAGAAAGAUAAAUCCCCAACAGAAGGGCACCAAGGAAGACUCCAACGUUAGAUCAAAGCUAAAGAGCCAUCAGCUGAUGAGCUGCAAUGUCCCAGGAAGCUGAAGAAGAGGACGAGGCUCUGCAGGAAGAGGAGGAGGAGGAACUGGACCCUUUGGCCAAUUUGCUGAGUCUGAAGCUGAAGAAACCCUCCCACUGGAACUGGGAGCUGAGCACCUCCCGCAGCUGCAGUAACAUAGCUCUGCCCAGGAUUCUCCUUUACGAUCACACAGGUAAUCUUCUGGUGGAUGCCGAUGGCCAGAAGGAGGAGACCUUCACAUCUCGGGACUCCCAGAGACGACGCAAGCGUUCGGCUACCUCCAAUUUGAGUUUGGAGCGCAAUUUCCAUGGCCUGCGGAUAGCCGAGGCCACGCCUACGCCGACGCGCACCGUUACGCCCUCCGAGGCCACGCCCAGCUCGAGCCGGGAAAGUGGGCGGCGGAAAACGCACGGCAGCUGCAUUGACUUUAGCACCCACGAACUGCCCAAUUGGGAGCCAUCAGUUAGUUCCAGGCGAUCCAGUUCCCUACGUGGCGUUCGCUUCCAGGAGGCUGAGGACCUGCCUGUCUAUCCCACGCCCCCCUCGACAUCCACCCUCAACUCAUCGAGUUCGGGACCCAGAGAGAAGCGACGCUAUCGCCGCUCGCAGAGCUCCAUCCUCGAAAGAUUCAGCAUGUCCAAGGGAAGGCACUCUUCGCCAGAGUUUGCCCAGGAGGAGGAGGUGGUCAAGGCACCGCGCUACUAUCUUCGCACCAGCAAGGCGGGCACCCUGGUAAUCCGCGAGGAGAGCUUCAGUUCCCAGAAGAUGAGACAUCGACGCCGUCGUCCACCAAAGCACUCCUCCAGCGAGAACAUACUGGAGGAGAGGGAUCGGGAUAGGAAUCAGGAGCAGGAGCAGGAGCCCCAAGCUCCCUCCAGUGUCGUGCAGGCCACGACACGCAGAAGAGCCCAGGAAAGGACUCUAUCCACCUCGGAGGACGAAAGAGAUCUGCAGCACGAGCCACGCAGGUCCAGGGGCAGGCCCAGGAAUCCAAGCCAACGCAGCUGCGGCAAGGAUGCGGCUCAGGAGCUAAUCACCGUGGAUCCCGAUAACUGUGUAUAUCGAGCAGCGCCGGGCGCCACCGCUCGAUAGAAGAAAAGCUACCCUAUCCCAGGAAGUCCACCCAAGACGUUGAAAAUUGGCCUAGGAAAAUAGAGAAGAAGCCGCAGUACGAGAACAGACAAAACUAGAGUUCCUCCUUGUGAUGUAAGACGAUAAAACUCAUGAAAAUAAAACCAAUGUAUGAAAAUGA